UGGGGAAGAGGCGACGGGGGUGGAUCCACUGCGCGCAUUUUGCCGCCGGUUUCGUCGGAGCAGAGAGGGUGGUGACGCGGAAACUUGGAGGGUGGCGACGGGGCCACGGCUUUUUGGCCCGCCUCUCCGGCCUUAAAGCCCAGUGACGGCCCCGCCGAAGCCCAGUUAGCUAGCCUUUCUCUCUCGCUGCUCCCUUCCGCCUCCAUCCUCCUCCAGCCGCGACAGCGCGAUACAGCGGGGGUGGUCGGCGAGGCGAGGUGGUGGUGGUGGUGGAGGAUGGCGAAGGCCGGCGGGGGCCUGAUCUGGGCGACGGCAGAGGACCUGGCGCGGAACCGGCCGGUGGUGCUGUCCAUGUACCGGCAGAUCCUGCGGGCGCUCAACUCGCCGGCGCUGCCGCUGGGCCACGCGGCGCGGCUGGCCAAGAAGGCCGAGUGCCGCGCCAUCUUCAUCUUCGGCGCCGAGGAGAGGUCGCUGCACAACAUCCAGGACCUCCUCGACGCCGCGCGCCACACCCUCGGCCUCCUCAACCGCGGCCGCCUCCCCUAGAGGGGAAGGAAGGCGCCUAGCCCUAACCUCCUCGCGGGUACCUCGUCUCUUCCCUGUUUACUUUAGCCUAUGCUCAAGUCGAUUGUAAUGUAUACGGCAUUAAUCUGGUGCCAUUUUGUUCAAUUGAAACAAUCUGCUGCCUAGUCGUUCCUCUAUGUAUGCACUGCAAAUCAUAAACAUGUUGCGAAGCCAUAAGAAACGAAAAUUGUCGCCA